AUCUCUUUCAGUCACCAAGAUGUGGUGUAUGAUCACAGAACUUUUCUCUGAAGGCAAAUAUUCUUUCAAAAGAAUCAGUUGAACUGAAGUAUCGCCAUAAGUGUGGUCACCGAUUUCUUGAUGAGUACAUUUUAAUGAAAUAAGGUGACCAUGGAAAAUGUAUCAGCUGUGACAUCCUUCAUUUUGACAGCAUACACUGAACUGGAAGAUCACAGAUAUUUAUACUUCAUAUGUUUCCUUCUUUUGUACAUUGUGAUAUUAUUGGACAAUUUAAUUCUUAUUGUAGUCAUAUGCACUGAGAAAAGUCUGCAUGAACCUAUGUACUUGUUUAUAUGUAGCUUAUCAGUUAAUGGAGUGUGUGGUAGUACAGUUUUAUUUCCAUCUGUGCUUAGUCAUUUGCUAUCUGAUAAUUACGAAAUAUCGCUGCCCUUUUGUCUACUACAGAUAUACUGCAUAAUCUCAUAUGUUAUAGUUGAAUUUACUAUUUUAGCAGUGAUGAGCUAUGACCGGUAUGUUGCUAUCUGUCACCCAUUACACUAUCACCUCCUCAUGUCCCCUAGAAAGGUUUCUGCAGCCAUUGUAUUAUCCUGGGUUGUUCCCUGUGUUUACUAUGCAUUUUUUUUCAUAUUAUCAACUGCCCAACUGCCAUUCUGUGAAAGACAUAUAGAAAAAAUGUAUUGUAUGUAUUUUGAAUUAGUUAAACUGUCUUGCUUUGACACAACAAUUUUGCGAAUUUUAGGACCAGCAUCAUUGAUUGUUUGUCCUAGUCCUCAGAUCGUCAUGAUAUUAUUUUCCUAUUCACGUAUACUCAGAGUCUGCUUGUCUGCUUCUAAAGAAUCUCAAGCCAAAGCUCUUCAAACAUGCACCCCACACUUACUGUCUGUGAUUAAUUUUUCUGUGGGAUGCUUAUUUGAGGUCAUCCAGAGUCGUUUCAACAUGAGUCAUGUACCUCAAAAAGCUCGCAUAUUCCUAUCCCUGCACAUGGCCAUAGUUCCCCCAUUGUUUAAUCCUCUCAUUUAUGGAAUUAGCAUUCAGGCCAUUAAAGGUCAGAUUUUCAAAUUGCUGAGUAGCAAAAGAAGUGAAGCUGACGGCGAACGGAAACAACGAGCGACCGCAGGCAGCUGUGCUGCGGUGUGCCACGCCAGCGAGGUGCCUGGAUGACAGUCUGCUACCGACGACCGCCGCCAAGACGCCAAAAAACGACCACCAUCCAGUUACAGCAAGUAACAGUGAUUACAGAACCUCCUCAAGACCAGUGCAUAAUGACGAUACUCUGAACUUUGUUUCAAAUGUCUGUAAUCCAACCAACAUUAAAACGCGUGUGGCUGAAAGAAACGCCAA